AUUGCCUUUUGAGACCAUAAGAUGAGUGCAGUGACCUAUGACGAUGUGCAUGUGGACUUUAGUGUGGAAGAGUGGGCUUUGCUGGAUUCUUCCCAGAAGAAUCUAUACAAAGAUGUGAUGCUGGAGACCUACAGGAACCUCUCUGCUAUAGGCUACAGUUGGAAAGAUCUUAAUACUCAACAAAAUUGUGAAAGUUCUAGAACACAUGGCAGGAAUGAAAGAAAUCAUACUGGAGAGAAACUCUCUGAAAAUACUCACUGUUCUAAAACCUUUGCAUAUCACAAUCAUCUUCAAAUACAUAAAAGAAGACAUACUCAAGAGAAACCUUAUGAAUGUAAUCAGUGUGGUAAAGCCUUUGCACAUAACAGUAGUCUCCAAAGACAUACAAGAACACAUACUGGAGACAAACCAUACAAAUGUAAUCAAUGUGGUAAAUCCUUUGCACAUCAUAGUAGUCUCCAAAGACAUAAAAGAACACAUACUGGAGAGAAACCGUACAAAUGUAAUCAAUGUGAUAAAGCCUUUUCACAAUACAGUAAUCUCCAAAUACAUAAAAGAAGACAUACCGGAGAGAAACCAUAUGAAUGUAAUCAGUGUGAUAAAGCCUUUGCAUAUUACUGUCAUCUCCAAAGACAUGAAAGAAUACAUACUGGAGAGAAACCUUACAUAUGUGAUUUAUGUCAUAAAGCCUUUUCCCGCCACAGUAAACUUCAAAUGCAUAAAAAAACACAUACUGGAGAGAAACCCUAUGAAUGUAGUCUGUGUGCGAAAUCCUUUGUAUGUCCAAAGAGUCUCCAGUUACAUAAAAGCAUACAUUCUGGAGAGAAACCCUAUGAAUGUAAUGAGUGUGGUAAAGCCUUUGUAUGUCAAAAGAGUCUCCAAAGACAUAAAAGAACUCAUACUGGAGAGAAACCUUAUGAAUGUAAUCAGUGUGGUAAAGCCUUUACAUAUCACAGUAGUCUCCAAAUACAUAAAAGAAUACAUACUGGAGAAAAACCCUACAAAUGUAAUCAGUGUGGUAGAGCCUUUUCUAAACAUGAUCAUCUUCGAACUCAUGAAAGAAGACAUACUGGAGAGAAACCUUAUGAAUGUAGUCAGUGUGGUAAAGCCUUUGCAUAUCAAGAGAGUCUCCAGUUACAUAAAAGGACACAUACUGGAGAGAAACCUUAUGAAUGUAAUCAGUGUGGUAAAGUAUUUGUAUGUCAAAAAAGUCUCCGAACACAUAAAAGAACUCAUACUGGAGAGAAACCUUAUGAAUGUAAUCAAUGUGGUAAAGCCUUUGCACAUAACAGUAGUCUCCAAGAGCAUAAAAGAACACAUACUGGAGAGAAACCAUACAAAUGUAAUCAAUGUGAUAAAGCCUUUUCAAAAUACAGUAGUCUACAAAAACAUAAAAGAACACAUACUGGAAAGCAUCCUUAUGAAUUUAAUUAAUGUGGUAAAGCCUUUGCAUAUCAAAAUAAUCUCCAAAUACGUAAAAGAAGACAUACUGGAGAAAAACCAUAUGAAUUUAAUUAAUGUGGUAAAGCCUUAGCACAUAUCAGUAAUCUCCAAAAUCAUAAGAAUAAAUUAUAUUGAAGAGUCUCAAUACAUGUAGUCAGUGUGGCUACAUUUUGCAAUUCAUGGUAGUCCUUAUACAAGAGUAAAACUUUUAGUGUGUAAUUGGGUUGUUAAAGCAUUUGCACAUCACAUUAAUCUUUGCUGAUCUGAAAAAAAUGGAUACCAAAGGAAAUCUGAUUAUAAAGUAUUUGGUAAGAUCAUUACUAACAUAUGUACAUUCAGUUACACAACAUUAUUUGUUCUGGAGAAAAAAAUCUGACAAGUGUCAACAAUCUGUUCAGUCAUUAUGAUAUCUCUUUAUUUUGUUUGUACAUGCAAACUCACAUAGACAAUAG